GCCAAUGCGCUGAUACCUUCUCCUGCCCUCGGUAUACUCACGGUUAUUUCUUCUGAUGGGUCUUCAGCUCCGAUAUUGGCGACAACGCCCUGUACUACCUCGUCAGGAGAUCAGCAACCGUCGCAACCACCUCAGCAGCAACAACAGCAGAAGCACCAGCUGACAUCCUUACGGGUUUUAACUCUUGUAGCUGCUGCUGCCAAUAACUUGACUCCAUCCGAUCAAGCUCCCCUUGCAACUCCAUCAAUUUCGACUACUGUCGCCGUAUCUCCAACACUUAACUCCACAAACAGUUGUACUCCCCCCCCACCCUCAAGUCUUCAGCCUCCACUCUCCACGAUUCUUGUCCCAACUUCAGCAGAGAAUUGUGCCAUAUCUUCAGCAAGUACUUCUAUGCUUAAUACCAUCUCCACAACCACUGUCUCCUCCAAUUCUGGGCCACCUGCUGCUCAGAACGGUGGUUUGCCCCCAAAUAUCGUCUCAGCCCCUUCUAGCCAGACGGAUUCGUCAUCUCAAUCAAUUGAGCAUUUGGCCGCCCAAUUUGCCACCAAUCCCCUUACUAAUUAUUUUUACUCUCUUUUGGCCCGUCAGCAGCAGCAACAGGCCCAGCCACAAAGACAGAAUCCAAUCGGAGGUUCUCCAUCUCUCACCACUUUAUCUGCUCAGCUCGUGGAUUCAAGCCAGCGACUGCAACAACCCUCUCCCAGCCAUUCUGCCUCAUCGUUGGACCAAAUCUCGCAUGAUCAUCAAAAUGCAGAUUAUUAUGCAGCAGCAGCUACGAUGGCUGCAAUGGCGGCUAUUGGCAGCUCGAGGCCACAAGCUUCACUUCCUCCGCAAGAUGAAAAUGUUAAUUCCCAAAUGAAUGUUUAUUCGACCCUUCAAGUUGGGAAUGAACACCCGUUAAUCUGGCGCGGCAGAUUAUCCCUAAAAAAUGAAGAGGUCGCUAUGCGAAUGCACUAUCUCUCCGGGAGCCAGGACUUGCUAAAAGCUUGCUUUUCUGUUAUAUCCGAGCAGCAGCAGCAUCAACAGCAAAUUAUUUCCGGUACCUAUGCUCCUCUUAAGAUUGUCCAGCGAAUGCGCCUCGAAGCAACCCAAUUGGAGGGUGUGCAGCGAAAGUUGCGGCUGGCAAAUGAUUUUUGCAUGUGCCUUGGCUUAGCAACUGUCGCGAAUCCAACCCUUGGCGAUUCUACUUGUCAAGAUGAUACUCAUCAACCAGCUAAGGCCGAUUAUGUAGACGAAAAUUUAGUUCAAAUGAAUCGUAUCCUAGUGAAUACUUUUAUUCGCUAUAUGCAAGAAAAAGCGGCUGCCGGCAUUAUUAAUGUCUGUCAUCCGACCACACAACAGGUUAUUUAA